GAAGUGACAUUAACGCGUUCGUGAGUUUGCGAUGCGUCUCGGGAUAAGAGUUGUUUACGUAUUUCUACCGCGACGUUGUGAUCUGAGACAAGCCCCGCCGAGUUCACGCGCUGUAAACAACCAUGGAGGAUAAAGUUGUGGGGACGAGCUAACGGCAGCCGAACGAAUGUCUCUCGGUCGACUCCAAUUGUUGGAAGUUGUCUCGGUCCGAGCUAGCUGCCUAGGAGCUAACGUCAGUACAGUGAGGACGGGCGGCGGCCGCUGUGUGUUGUGAGCGUGUGGCAGCCUGAGGUGGGUCGUGGCCAGACACACAAACACAUCGCGUGCGUGGAGCCGCCGUGGACGCGUUCAGGACGAGAGGAGCUGUGGGACGCGUCUCCACCAUGGACCCGUUCGACAGCAACACUGCAGAGCGAGCCAAUCUGCCCAGGAACAUGAUUGAGAACAGCAUGUUUGAAGAGGAGCCGGAUGUCGUGGAUUUAGCCAAAGACUCCGCUGCAUUUCCGACGUUUCCUGCUCUUGACCCAGAUGAGGUGGUGUUUGAGCCUCGUAGUUCACGGCUGCUUGUUCGAGGCAUGGGAGAGAAUGACAUGGACGAGGAUGAGGAGGACUGCGAGUCUUCAGCCCGUCUGUUGGGCAUGUCCUUCAUGAACCGUAGUUCUUCUAACAGACCUAACUCUUCCCUGUACACAAGACAGGCUCCACCCAGGUCAUGUUCACGACCCUCAUCCCGGACCAUGGUUGUAUGUGUGUUAUUCCUUGUUAUAGUGGCCUCUAUGACCAUGGUGCUGUACUUCCUACCUGGAUGCACCUUCACCAAAGCAGGUUGUCAUAAACCGAACCAGACCAUUCCCCAGGAGACAGUCUACCCUAACGCCAGCAAUGGCGAACUGUUUCCAUGGGCCCAGUUUCGACUGCCUCAUAGCAUACGUCCUCUCAGCUAUAACCUCACCCUUUUCCCUGACCUCGACAAUAUGACCUUCACUGGGCGCACUGUCAUCAACAUGUCUGUGCUGCACAACACCAAGCGCAUCAUCCUGCACAGUGAUAGUCUGCACUUUACCAAAGCUACCUUCAAGCUGGGUGACGGGGAGGCCAGUGAUGUGACUAUAUUGGAGUACGAACCCAAACAGCAGAUUGCUGUUAAAUUUUCUGCAGAGCUGAAGGCAGGCCAGUACUGUGUUCUGACCCUGGAUUACACUGCCAACCUCUCGCACACCUAUGGAGGUUUCUACAACAGCUCCUACACUGAAAAAGAUGGAAACAAAAGAUUUCUAGCCGCAACCCAGUUUGAACCACUAUCAGCCAGGAAGGCCUUCCCUUGCUUUGAUGAACCAGCUUUCAAAGCCACCUUUCUGAUUACAAUCAACAGAAAACCAAACUACAUGACUCUUUCCAACAUGCCUUUGGCUAAAUCCACACUCCUCUCUGGGGGCCUCAUCCAAGAUGAGUUUGAAAAGACCACUGUCAACAUGAGCACCUAUCUGGUGGCCUUCAUCAUUGCUAAUUUUACCCCGAUCAGCAUAAAUGUCUCAAACACUCAAGUAUCUGUGUACUCUGUGCCAGAGAAGAAGGAGCACACUGACUACGCUCUGAACAUAACCUCCAAACUGCUGGAGUUCUACAAUAAGUUCUUUGAAAUAGACUACCCCCUCAAAAAACUAGACUUGGUAGCCAUCCCAGACUUCCUGGCAGGAGCCAUGGAGAACUGGGGACUCAUCACUUUCCGUGAGACCAGCCUGCUUGUGGGCAAACAGUCGUCCCCUCUGGAGAAACAAGUAGUUGCCUCCGUCAUAGCGCAUGAGCUCGCUCACCAGUGGUUUGGAAACUUGGUGACUAUGAGCUGGUGGAACGACCUGUGGCUCAACGAAGGCUUUGCCACUUACAUGCAGUACAUGUCACUGCAGGCAGUGUUGCCUCAGCUGGACAUUGGUAAUUUGUUCCUGGCAAUGCGUUUCAGAGCCAUGGACAAAGAUUGCCUUAACUCCUCCCACGCUGUGUCGACAGAGGUUAACACGGCGGAACAGGUGGAAGAGAUGUUUGACUCUGUGUCCUAUGAAAAGGGUGCAUCCAUUCUUCUGAUGCUGAACGCGUCCCUGCCAUGGGAUCAACAGUUCAGAAAAGGGAUCAUUCAAUACCUAAAACAGUUCAGUGGAUCAAACACAGACACAAACGACCUCUGGAACAGCCUCACACAGGUCGAGGUAUCGACACAGCACCAGAAUGUGUCAGAGAUGAUGAGCUCAUGGACAUCACAGAAAGGCUUCCCAUUGGUCACUGUAAGCCGCAAAGGCGAUCAAGUGACCCUUACACAAGAGCACUUUCUCCUCACAUCUGACAAUGCCACCCAUACUUCCAGCCUGUGGAAUAUACCGGUGACGUACGUAAACGACAGCUGUAGUUUGGCCCCUGAGUGCAGACAAGUGUUUAAUCUGAAGACAAAAACGGGCACUUUUAAGCUGCCAGAAAGUGUAAAGUGGCUAAAGUUGAACUACAGAAACACAGGGUUCUACAUCGUCCACUACGGUAAUGAAGGCUGGGCUGCGCUUCAAGAUGCUUUGUCCAACAAUGUCAGUGUUCUUACACAUGAGGACCGUGCCUCGCUCAUACACAACAUCUUUGCUCUCUCCAGAUUGGGACGCGUAUCUUUCUAUCAAGUCCUCACUCUGUUGAAAUACAUGCCCAAUGAAACAGAGACGACUCCUGUGAUGGAAGCCUUGUUACAGCUCAAUAAUAUCUACAGGCUGCUGGAUAAAAGACAGGAGAAUGGUCUCGCAGCCCGUAUGAAGAAUCGUAUUCUGGAGUACUUUGGUUCUCUGAUGAACAAUCAAACAUGGGGAGAGGAGGAGAGUGUGUCCAAACAGGAGCUGCGCGCAGCCCUUCUGGAGAUGGCGUGUACUCUGAAUCAACCAAACUGCAUUCAGCAAGCUAAAGCCCUGUUCAAACAGUAUAUCGAGUCCAAUGGGACUUCACGGAUUCCAGGUGAUCUGCAGCGAGUUGUGUUCACUGUGGCUGCUCAGUCAGAUGAAGAUUGGGAGACUUUGUUUCACAUGUAUGGACACGCCACCUACGAUGCAGAGAAGCGAAAGAUGCUACAGGGGCUAGCAUCCACCCAGAAUACACGGCAGUUGGUUUGGAUCCUAAAAGAAGGUCUGAACGGGGAAAUCAUCCAAACACAGGAGUUGCCGUUGGUCAUCAACACCGUGGUUAAAGGCUUCGCUGGCUACUUGUUUGUCUGGGAUUUUGUACAAGAGAAUUGGGACCGACUCAUAGAAAAGUUUCCUCUGGGCUCUUAUGCCAUCCAGUCAAUCGUCAAAUCGGCCACCUCCCAGUUCUCUACACAGGCACAUCUCGACCAGGUUCAGGGUUUCUUCUCCGGCCUGAAGGGUCGCGGCUCUCAGAUGAGGAGCGUACAGGAAGCUUUGGAGACAAUCAGGCUAAAUCUGCGCUGGAUGGACCAGAAUCUAUCUACACUCCGAAAGAGACUCUAAUACAGAUAACCGGAGCAUGUAGUCAAUCAACAGCAGUGUUUGCACUCCUGUAGGACUGUCUCCUAACUCCCUUUAUCCCGGUAAGAGAAGUAACCAAGGCCAGAGUCUGUCCUCGACCCGGCUGGACAAGGUUCUCUGAGAUUGGUCCUGUAUGUUGUAUUUUUUAGCUCAGGGUGGCUCUGAUUGUGUAUUUGACAGGAGGUAAUCAGAUGCCAACAUACUCACUCCUCAUACUUAAUGCUGUCGACCAAACCCCUCCACUGCAGCUCUCAUGUAAUCCUUAAGCCCCUGCAGACAAUCACUCUUCACCCAAACGACCUUGGCUCAGCUUUCUCUCAGGCACUUCACUCCAUGAGAUGUAGAAAUAGGCACUUCAACAAGAGCGAGCAUCAAGAAUGUCACUGAUUCUGUUUCAUGUCUGUCAACUCAGUCAGUCCUGGACUUUCUCUCAACUGUGGGAUGUAUGUAGAUGCAGCAGUCAGCGAUGAGGAGUUGAAGUAGUUGAGAGACGUCAGUUUUCUUUAAAUCAAACCAACCGUGUAUCGCUGCGUGAAACAUUUACUAUAUUAGUCAUGGUUUGGCUGGAAGAUUGAUUGGUAGCUUAAAGUACCCAACUUGUUACAGAAUCAAUCAAAUGUGCUGACAAAAACUUCCCACUGUGUACAGCAGAUGGCGCACUGCAGCACAAGUUUGAAUCGACAACCAAUGUGUCUUAGGUGAGGGCUGGCAGCGCACACUGGAACCAAAUCUUUUUUCUUUCUUUCUUUCUCUUCUUUCUUUCUUUUCAUCUCCUUUCCUUUAGUUUCCUUACUCCCUUCCCUACUAUCAGUCAUGAGCCCAGUUUAUCUCUGAUCUUCGACUUGUAUGUUAUUAGCUUUUUCCGUGUGCAGUGCAGCAGUCACUGUGUGGACUCCUUCUUUAACUCGUGUGCUUAUAAACUUGUAAUUAUAAUGUAAAUAGGUUCUACGCCUCCACAAACCCUUUCCCCUGCGAUUUUUGGAUGUACCAUUUUAGACCCCCUGACUUUUACCGUUUUGAGAUUUGCUUUCUGUCGUGUGGGUGUAUAUAAUGUAAAGGGGGUCACGUAUACCUAUAAUUGAUCAAGAGUCUCGAUCAGAUUCUUUUUACUGUACAGUAUUUCCUGAUUUCAACCACAAGGAGGAAAUCCUUAGCUGAAGAAUGUUUGUGUUUUAAGGGCUAUGCAUAUUGAAGAUACAGUGUAGGGAUAUAGAAGAUGAUCUAUAUUGGGCAUGUGUCCAGGUCAUCAGCCAAAUGAAAAUGCAUAGGUCAAAAUUUCCUCCGAUGUUAACCAGAAUGAAGAGAAGCCUAUAGCUAUUUAUUAAGACUUGCUCCAAGAUGUUAUUUAACUACAGUUGAACACUCGUUCUGAGCUUUAUUUAAGUUGGUAGUUAUUCUAUGAGUCACUGUCCUAUUAUCCAGGAUAAUUGAUCUCAAAUUGUUUUUCAGAUAUUUUGACUCAUGAGGCUUGUUACUAGUUGUCAUAUUACUAUCAAAGCUUUGACGUGCCAUGUAUGCUUCAGGAAGUCAAACAUAGAUCACAAUCCCCUCCUGACCCUCUGAAUGAGUGGGAAUCCAGUGUGGGACCGGUGUGGGACCAUGUGGUUACCUCUGCCCUUUACUGAGUCCUAUUGGUUUUAAUGAAGCUUAAAAUGAAGACAUACUGACACAAUACUGCAGGGGGCACCUGUAUGCCAACUGACUCCUGUGUUAACAGUAGGGGGCAGCAGUAGGAUGAGUCAUAGUGCAUAGAGACAUUGAUUUAAUACUAUUGAGUAAAUUAGACUUUACCUAUAGAAUCUUACUGUGGUUUAGAUCUGUCUACACACAGUAUUUCCAUUGACUCACUCUAUCCAGUCCGUCAAAGUCUAUGUGAUUAUGUCUUUAAUUGGAAUCUAAAAAUAUGCCCUUAACCGCACAUAUAAUAUUUUAAAAUCCAGGAAUCAGUUAAUUAAUUAGUAUUAUGUAAAUAGGGGUGUAAAACAGAUUUUAGCACCAUAAUUUCUGUCAGGAAACGAAUUGAUCCCUUUGAAAUCAGUUGUAGGAGGUUUUCAGAGACUGAAGUUUUAGACCCCAUUCUUACUGGUCAGGUACGAGCUUCAGUGAGAGUCGUGGAUCCAGCGAUGAGAGAAUAGUAGUAGAUUGGACGGCCACAUGUAAAGUUAAGCUGAUCAGAUCCUCUUCGUUCUUGCACUGAGAAAAAAAAUGCUGCAGAUGCUUUUAAAAAUGUGUUGCUCCUUUAUGUGAAAAAAAUAUAAUAAAGUUGUUUUAUGAAAAUGUU